UAUGGUGAACGGGUGUAAUAUCCCCAUCUGCUGGACGAUUAAGGUAAUGAAUGAAAAGAUCUGCUCUUCUGUUACUGGGUUGACCGACGCAAUCAUUAUAAUUUUUAUCUGCUUUUCUUUUGAAGUGUUCAGUGUUUAAUUACAAAAUUCAAAGAGGAACUGAGAAACGUACGAUAAAUACCAAAACUACUGGUAAACUACAAGGGAUUCCAUUAUAGAAACAGUGACAACAACAAGUAAACGUGCCGUGCUGAACUGGCCUGGAAAAGAAUAUUUCAAACAAAUCGCAUGACGCAAGUUCCGGUUCUAGUAGAAGCGAUUCCGGCCCAAUUCAGGUCCCAUCCCAGCCCGCCGUCCGGCGUAGUGGAGCCAAGAUGGCGGCUGCCGUAGAUAGUGUGGUUAAUGUCCUCGGGGAGCAGUACUACAGGGACGCCAUGGAGCAGUGUCACAGUUACAAUGCUCGGCUGUGUGCGGAGAGGAGUGUCCACAUGCCCUUCCUGGACUCUCAGACUCGUGUGGCCCAGAGCAACUGCUACAUUUGGAUGGAAAAGAGACACAGGAGCCCAGCGAUGAACCCUGGACAGCUUUAUUCGUAUCCCGCUCGUCGCUGGAGGAAGAAGCGGAGGGCACAUCCGUCUGAGGACCCCUGCCUCGCUUUAUCUCCUCUUAAGUCAGAGCUGGACCUGGGGCUAAAGAAAGAUAGCAGUAGCCUGGAGGCCCUGCUGAAGGCGGAGCCCCUGGACAAGCGGGGGCCGCCCGAGCUGCGGGCCCCAGAGGAGGAGCCCAGCCUGGCCGAGCUCACACCCACAUCCCACAGCACCUCCACCCGCAUCCGGAAGAGGAUCUUGGAACCGGAGGACUUCCUGGAUGACCUGGAUGAUGAAGACUAUGAGGAAGACACCCCUAAGAAACGAGGGAAGAGCAAGGGGAAGAGCCGGGCAGUGACCAGCACCCGGAAAAAGCCAGAUGCAGCGGCUCUGGAGGACCGAGACAAGCCGUUCUGCUGUGACAACUCUUACAAACAAAAGCACAUUUCAAAACCUUCAGAAAGAGUUUGUGGGAAGCGCUACAAGAACCGCCCAGGCCUGAGUUACCACUACACUCACUCCCACCUGGCGGAGGAGGAGGCGGAGGAUGCCGAGGACGAGGAGGACAGCGAAGGCCCCUUUCAGGCCAGGCCAGAGGAGCACAAAACACCCAAGAAGGGGCCCGAUGGCCUGGCGCUGCCCAACAACUACUGCGACUUCUGCCUGGGAGACUCUAAGGUCAACCGUAAGACUGGCCAGUCCGAGGGCCUGGUGUCCUGCUCCGACUGCGGCCGCUCAGGUCAUCCGUCCUGCCUGCAGUUCACCCCGGUGAUGAUGGCCGCGGUGAAAACCUACCGGUGGCAAUGCAUCGAGUGCAAGUGCUGCAACGUCUGUGGGACUUCCGAGAAUGAUGAUCAGCUGCUCUUCUGUGACGACUGUGACCGGGGAUACCACAUGUACUGCCUGCGGCCCCCCAUGUCCGAGCCACCCGAAGGAAGCUGGAGCUGCCACUUGUGUUUGGACUUGCUGAAAGACAAGGCCUCCAUAUACCAGAACCAGAAGACGGCUGCGUAGUCAGCGGUCGCUCGGCUCUCGGCUCGGACGGGGUCAGGCUGGGCUUCGGGGGGCGGGUCACUGGGGCGACAUUACAGCAUGACCGCAGUUAAGUAGCAGUCACAUUGUUGGGUAUCCUAGCAUGGAAGGGAUGCCAGAAGUCGUCCGCGAGUGACUCAUUUUCUUCCUUCUUAAUGAGACGUUUCGACCUUUAAAACUUCACACAUCUUUGGCAGAAAGUGAUUUUGUAGAAAACAAGUAACACCUGGACGGUUUUCAAGAACUAAGGCAAAGUAUGAGGCAUGAAAACUGUUUUUAAAAAUAAAUUAACGCUUAGUCCAUGAGGGGGCCAGUGGAGGGCAGUGUUGAUCUACGAGCCAUGAGAUGGCCGCCGGAAUCUCCCGGACUGAAGCAUGGCGAGUGGUAUAUCUGUUUGCUCGCUUCUUCAGUGUCCUUAUAAACAUUGUGCUAGGAGUAUGCUGUAUCGAAUCUAAACGCCAGUGCUCUGGAACGCAUUUCACAGGAAGCUUCACCUUCAAUGUAAAAUCACCUUUUUGUGCUAUUUACCCAUAUAAGACUAAAAAAAAGCUUAAUUUAUUUUGCACGGCAUUUACAAUAAAUAUCACAGCAUAGCGUAAUGUCACAGGUGAAGAGAUACUACAAGAUAUGCUUGUGUCCUCAUCAAACUUUAAACUGAUUUAACCCGGAUUGCCAUUGGCCUUCACUUGCCUUAUGUAUUAGCACCAACGGACCUAUGGUACAUCUGUGAUUAAGAUGAAGGAUGAGGAAAAAGACAGCAAACUGCAAAGCUGUUUUUUAAUAUGGUACUUGUAAGCAACCAUGUUUAAUGCAACAAGUGCAGCUACACUACAGCGGUUGGGUUUAGUCUGUUAGGAUAUGCGAUUGUAAUAUUUAGCUAAUCAAGUUAUCAAUAGCGAUCUAACAAAAUGAUAGUAACCUUUGUAUUUAUUUAAAAACUGGCUUUUAAGGUUUCUGAGUCAGUUACUAGUAUUUGGGUUUUUGUUUUAUGAUAUAUGUACUGCAUUCUCUCAAUGAAAAUAAAAUCGACUUCACCCUU